GCCCUUCCUGAAGGGGAUCCAGAGAGGAUUAUCCGGCGGAUGAUGCGUCAGGAGAAAGCGGAGGAGAGGCUGUGUGUUCAUCAUCCGCGCUCGUGUCACAGCCAGCCUGAGAGCAGAUCCGGACAGCCCGCCGCUCGCACUCCUGUCACGGCUAAAGCGAUGAAACCCGGCCUUCGGCUUCAGGUCUAGGAGAGGACAGAAAGUCAAUAGGCUGGACUAUGAGUCUAAAAGAUGGCUUUGGUGGAACUGGCUGGCCGUGGAGAGCCGGGAACUUCCUGCUUCUGUCCGUGUCUCUUGUGGUCGUCCAGGUUUGGGCAGACUUCUCCAAGGACACUCACUACUCCUGGAAAACUGGUCAGUGGGGUAGGUGUAUGGGGGAGGAGUGUGGUUCUGGCGGUGUUCAGACCCGGAUGGUGUGGUGCGUUCACUCUGAAGGCUGGAACACGCACCACUCUAACUGCAGACACGCUGACCGGCCCGACAGCCAGCGGCCCUGCUUUAAAGUCUGUGAGUGGCACCAGGACCUGUUCGAGUGGGACGUUUCGGAGUGGGGACCGUGCUCUCUGGCCCCUCUACCCUCCAACGAGCUGCUGAGGUGUAUAACUGCCCAGCACGGCGUCCAAAGACGUACGAUCCGGUGCGUCCGAACGGCCAAUGGGACGUCCGUAACCGAGCGAAUCUGCGAGUUCUUCUCUCCGCGACCGGCUCUGGAACAGGCCUGUUUGAUCCCGUGCCCUCUGGACUGCGUGGUGUCUGAUUUCUCCUCGUGGUCAGGCUGUAGCAGGACUUGUGGAACUGGAUUACAGCACCGCACGCGGCAAGUGCUGGCCGCUCCUAUGUACGGAGGGUCUGGAUGCCCGAAUUUGACCCAAACACGCCCCUGCAGUCACCAGCUGCCCUGUCUGGACGAAGGUGAACAUCGCUACAGUCUGAGGGUCGGACCGUGGAGUGAGUGCAGACUUCCGCAACAUAAAGACCUGUGGCUGAGCGGCCGGACCACACUGGACUUCAGCGCGGGAGAUACGGAGAGAAACACGGUCAAGAGGCAUCUCGAGAACGGCCAGGAUCACCACCGACAUCAUCAUCACCAGCACCAUCAGCACCACCACUCAUCCAAGACACUGGACAUAGAGAUCGGCUAUCAGACGCGGCAGGUUCGCUGCAUGGCCAGCGAUGGAAAGAGCGUCAUGCUGAGCCUGUGCACGCAGGAUGAUGGACCCGGGACCUUCCAGUCCUGCGUCAUGCCCAGAGACUGCCAGACAUCUGAGUGGUCUUCAUGGAGUCCGUGCUCAAAGACCUGCAGAGCGACCGACUUGUCACCAGGUUACCGGGUCAGAAGCCGAACCAUAACGCAGCCUGUGAUUGGUCGAGGGAAAGAAUGUCCGGUCCUGGAAGAGAAGGAGGCUUGCAACAUCAUCGGGGAUUUGCUUCCUAGAUGUCCCAGGUACGUGUGGAGGAGCACGGCGUGGGGGGAGUGCAGCGUGGCUCCUCUUCUGGGGCAGCAGGAGCGCCGGCUGGGGGACAGUGAUGCCCUGUGUGGGGGGGGCAUCCAGACCAGAGAGACAUACUGCAUCCAGCUGACGGAGCACUCAGCCUUGGCCAAUCACAGGAGAGACGUGUCCAGGCCAGUCAGUAGUGAUCUCUGUGAUGGACCGGUUCCUCUGGCGGUUCAGUUCUGUUCUCUGCGCUGUCCUCAGCCCUGCCUGCUCUCACUCUGGUCCUCUUGGGGAUCCUGUCUCCACGACAACUGCAUGGAGUCUCAGGGGAGGAAAGGUUUCAGGCAGAGGAGAAGGCAGGUUCUGGGUGAAGGAUCCACGAACACAGAGAGCUGUCCUCACCUGCUGGAGGCCAUUCCCUGUGAGGAUCCUGUGUGUUUCGAGUGGCAGGUGCAGAGCGAGGGGGUUUGUGUACCCACAAAAGGGACCUGUGGAUCCGGAACCAGAACCCAAACAGUGGCCUGCGUGAACUCUCAAGGUGAGCCUGUGGAGGCGGAGAUUUGUGAAGAGGAUCCCCCCCCUUCAGAGGUACCCUGUGACAUGGCCUGCCCUGGGGACUGCGUGGUCAGCUCCUGGUCUGAUUGGUCCUCCUGCUCUCACUCCUGCACCAAUAAGAACGCAGAAGGCAGACAGAGCCGCAUGCGCACCAUCCUGGCCUUACCUGGUGAAGGAGGUAAAGCCUGUCCUCCUGCCCCAGCUCUGGAGCAGUGGAGAUCCUGUAAUGAUCAUCCCUGUAUCGUUUUCUACUGGGAGACCUCCUCCUGGGAGCCGUGCACUGAGGAUUUGGCCGCCGCUCUGAACAGCAGCGGCUACUGGAACGAAACGUCCACCUGCGCAGUCGGCGUUCAAAAUCGUAAAGUGACCUGCAUGAAGACGAACUCAGGACCAGUCGUUCCUAAAAGGUGUCCAGACUCCGCCCGGCCAGACUCAGCACGCCCAUGUCUAUUGCCCUGUAAGAGAGACUGUGUGGUGACACCGUUCAGUGAGUGGACAGCCUGUCCUUCCACCUGUCUGCCAGUUAACGCCUCCAUACCCACUCAGUCGCGCUACAGGACCAUCGUCCAGCAUGCGUCCGGUGGCGGUCAGGAGUGUCCAGACACGCUGUUUGAGGAGAGAGAGUGUGAAGCCCUGCCUGUGUGUCCCACCUACAGGUGGACCACACAUAAAUGGCAUUCGUGCACACUGGUGCCAGAUUCUGUCCGGCAGGGGAUGGCUGGAGCCGGAGAGUCCUGCGGACGAGGCCUGGAGACAAGAGGUCUGAGCUGUAUGGAUGAGAACGAGGAGCUGGUGUCAGUUUCGGAGUGUAUUCGCUGGGCGGGGCCGAUGCCCCCACGAGUGCGGAGCUGCUGGGUGUCCUGCAAAGACGACUGCACCUUUAGCCCAUGGAGCAAGUUCACCGAGUGCUCGGGAUGUGGCAGCAAACGCAGCCGUAAACGUACACUGACAGGUCGCAGUAGGAAGCGAUUGCACUGUCAGAGGGAAGAUGUUUAUCCAUUGGUGGAGACAGAGUCAUGUCCCUGUGAGGAGUUUGUCUCCGAGUCAUGGGGAAACUGGUCAGCGUGUGUCCUGCCCAUGGCCCCACGGGACUGGAGGGCUCACAGGGCUCAGAGAGGUCAGAGGUCACAGGGCUGUGGCCAAGGAGUCAGGUACCGAGCAGUGGCCUGCACUGACCAGAGGGGACGUCUCCUGGAUCCUUCACUCUGCAGCACCUCAGGGCUGCUGGAGGAGCCGUGCCACAUCCCCUGUCCCCUAGACUGUCGCCUCAGCUCCUGGUCGGCCUGGUCUCCCUGCAGCGCCUCAUGUGGCAGUGGCUUGAAGGUGCGAUCCAAGUGGCUGCGAGAGAAGCCCUUUAAUGGAGGCCGGCCAUGCCCCAAACUGGACCUUAAGAAUCAGGCUCAGGUGUAUGAGGCUGUACCAUGCCGCAGUAUGUGUAGUGUAUAUGAGUGGGUGACGGAGCCGUGGUCAUUCUGCUCUAUAAACUCUGUGGACCAGCUGCCGGCGUGUGGAGAGGGAGUGCAGAGCCGCAAGAUACGGUGUGUGUUGCGGGGCAGUGAUUACUCCAGCAGUGUGAAUGAGUCUCUGUGUGAUGCUGAAGAAAUGCCUCUGCAGGCUCAGACGUGUGUGUUACCGUGCCCCGGAGACUGUGUGAUGUCACCCUGGAGUCCCUGGAGCUCAUGCCCCAUGCCAUGUGAUCCAAACACAGUGAGGAUGAGGACCAGACACAUGCUCCGCCCCCCUGCUGUUGAUGCCGUGUGUCCAGAGAAUAACCAGACCGAGCCGUGUGUCGCUAACAGCAACUGCUUCACCUUCCAGUACAACGUCUCAGGCUGGAGUAGCUGCAUGCUGAGUGAGAGCGCGGUGUGCGGAGAGGGUCGGAGGACACGGCUGCUGGACUGCACACGCAGCGACGGCCGAGUUCUGGACCUGAGUGUGUGUGAAGAGCUCGGACUGCCUCAGCCGUGGAGUCUCAGUGCGUCCUGCCAGGUGGACUGCCCGGUCAGCUGUGUGCUCUCGGAGUGGUCACCAUGGACGGAAUGCUCGCACACCUGUGGAAAUCAAGGUGUGAUGUCACGGUCUCGGCGUGUCCUGCAGGAGGCUCACGACGAGGGCCGGCCGUGUCCCUCUCAGCUCUCCCAGACUAAACCCUGUCCCAUCAGGCCCUGCUACAGCUGGCUGCUCGGAGACUGGACGCCCUGCCACGUCGAGGGUGCUGAAUGUGGUGAAGGUGUGAGAGAGAGGAACAUGUCCUGUGUGAUUCACUGGGGUCACUGGCCCGAUUCACCCGGCCCAAGACCCAACCGCCCUGGCCCAGCUACUGCGGUGGAGGAGGAGAAGUGUGGCGAACGCCUAAGGAGAGAAAGUGAGCAGGAGCUGCAGCAGCCAUGCUUUGUCCCCUGUCCAGGUGACUGUCACUUGACCGAGUGGUCGUUGUGGAGCUCGUGCCAGCUGACCUGUCUGGAGGGCCGCAGUUUUGAGUCAGUGGGUCAGCAGGCGCGAUCGCGGGCCGUGGUCAUCCAGGCCCUGGAGAACCAGGACAGCUGCCCAAGCCAGGUGUUUGAAACACGACCCUGUAAAGGAGGAAAGUGCCACAGCUACGAAUGGAGAACCAGCACAUGGAACAACAAUGAGAGAACAGUGUGGUGUCAGCGCUCCGAUGGGGUCAACGUCACAGGCGGGUGCUUCUUGCCCAGCAGGCCGGCGGCCGUGCGUCACUGCCAUCCCCCCUGCACUAAACCAUUCUCUCACUGCAAACAGAGUGGUGUUUGUGGCUGUGAGAAGGGCUACACGGAGGUGAUGACCACACAUGGCUUCCUGGACUACUGCACCAAGACCCCUGGUGGGGACACCAGAAAGGCGGAUGUGAAGACCAGCUCGGGGAGGUUAAAGCCAGGCCCCUCCCACAUCCAGGACUUCUUCAGCGAGUGGUCCCUGCAGCCGCUCAGCCCAGACGGAAGGAUAAAGAUGUGGGUGUACGGGGCCACAGCUGGAGGCUUCAUUCUCAUCCUGUUCAUCAUCGCCGUGUCCUUUCUGUUCUGCAGACCGGUCAAACAGAGCAAAAACCCGUCUCCUCCUCAGAAGGCUCUGGCUCUGGCCUACGACGGAGACGUGGACAUGUGAUGGACGUUUUUUCAGCCAACGGGCCUCAAAAAACUCACACUGAACCGUAGGGAGCAUUUCAAACCAUCCUUCUCUCCCAGGAGACCUUCUGCGUUUGUGCCCAAAAAUAGCCCAGCGCUGGAGCGGCGGUGAAGCUGCGGCCCGGUGAAGCUUCCUCUGACGUCAAAAAAGGGAGCGCUAACCUUUAGGAGGAUGUUUUGACAGCUUGAGUUGUUGUUUACACGGCCAGCGGGGGAAAAAAGAGCUGAGGAUCAGCGUAAAGAUGUAAUAUCACGACAUUCAGAGAGGUUACAGCGACGGGGCCGGUGACAUUCCACGGACCAGGAGAGUCUCUGAAACUUCAUUUGAUUUUUUUAAAUAAAGGAAAACAAAAAAAAAAAAAGAAAUAUGAAUAAUGUAGGAAGGGCAUUCCAAGUUACUCUAUUUUCUGUCUGU